CUGUACAAGGAGGCCAUGAUGGAGGAGCACCAGCCUCUUAUAUCACAAGAAAAUCCCAGUGGGAAUUCUGAGGAAAACUUCAUGUUCUCCCUAAAUUAUAAAGUAGAAGAUGAAGAUAUCAUGCAGCGCUUUUUAGGGGAAAUUGUUAAUGUACAUCCAGGACUUCACCGUACAGAUCUAUCAUAUAAUCCCCCUAAUCAUGAGGAACCUUCUCUUGACCAACCACAGAUUGUAACCACAUGUAAAGGUCAGAAAGAAGAUAAAACUUUUCACUGUCAUAAAGAGUUCACAAAGAGAUCAAUUCUUUUUACACACAGAAGAAGUCACACAUGGCAGAAGCCAUAUUCCUGUUCAGAAUGUGGGAAGUGUUUUAAAGAUAAAUCAAAUCUUUCUAAACAUGAGAGAAUUCACACAGGAGAGAAGCCAUUUUCAUGUUCAGAAUGUGGAAAAUGUUUUAUACAGAAAUCACAUCUUGUUACACAUUGGAGAUUUCACACACAGGAGAAGCCAUAUUCCUGUUCACAAUGUGGGAGGUGCUUUACAGAUAAAUCAAAUCUUGCUAAACAUGAGAGAAGUCACACAGGAGAGAAGCCUUAUUCAUGUUCAGAAUGUGGGACGUUCUUCACAAAGAAAUCAAGUCUUCUUAGACAUGAGAAAGGUCACACAGGAGAGAAGCCAUAUUCAUGUUCAGAAUGUGGGAAAUGUUUCACACAGAACUCGCAUCUUGUUACCCAUCAGAGAUUUCACACAGGGGAGAAGCAAUACUCCUGUUCAGAAUGUGGGAAGUUCUUUGUAAAUAAAUCAAGUCUUGAUGCCCAUGAGAGAACUCACACAGGAGAGAAGCCAUAUUCAUGUUCAGAAUGUGGGAGGUGCUUCACAAGGAAAUCACAUCUUGUUAGACAUGAAAGAACUCACACAGGAGAGAAGCCAUAUUCGUGUUCAGAUUGUGGGAAAUGUUUCACAGAUAAAGUAAGUCUUGUUGCACAUGAGAGAACUCACACAGGAGAGAAGCCGUAUUCAUGUUCAGAAUGUGGGAAACGUUUUACAGAUAAAUCAAAUCUUGUUAGACAUGAGAGAAUUCACACAGGAGAAACACCAUAUUCAUGUUCAGAAUGUGGGAAAUGUUUUAAGCAAAAAUCACAUCUUGUUACACAUGAGAGAAGUCACACAGGGGAGAAGCUAUAUUCAUGUUCAGAAUGUGGUAAAUGUUUUACAGUUAAAUCAAGUCUUGUUAUACAUGAAAGAAUUCACACAGGAGAGAAGCCAUUUUCAUGCUCUGGAAAAUGUGGGAAGUGCUUUACACAAAAAUCUAAUCUUGUUACACAUGAGAGAAUUCACACAGGAGAAAAACCGUAUUCAUGUUCAGGAUGUGGGAAAUGCUUUGUAGAUAAAUCAAAUCUUGUUAAACAUGAGAGGAUUCACACAGGAGAGAAACCAUAUUCAUGUUCAGAAUGUGGAAAAUGUUUUACAGAUAAAUACAGUCUUGUUACACAUAAGAGAAAUCACACAGGAGAGAAGCCAUAUUCAUGUUCUGAAUGUGGGAAAUGUUUUACAGAUAAGUACAAUCUUGUUACACAUGAGAGAAUUCACACAGGAGAAAAGCCAUAUUCAUGUUCAGAAUGUGGGAAAUGUUUUACAGAUAAGUACAAUCUUGUUACUCAUGAGAGAAUUCACACAGGAGAGAAGCCAUAUUCAUGUUCAGAAUGUGGGAAAUGUUUUACACAAAAAUCACAUCUUGUUACACAUCAAAGAAGUCACACAGGAGAGAAGCCGUAUUCAUGUUCAGAAUGCGGGAAAUGUUUUACAGGUAAAACAAAUCUUAUUGUACAUGAGAGAAGUCACACAGGAGAAAAACCAUAUCCAUGUACAGAUUGUGGAAAAUGUUUUAAACAAAAAUCGUAUCUUGUUAAACAUGGGAGAAGUCACACAGGAGAGAAGCCGUAUUCAUGUUCAGAAUGCGGGAACUGUUUUACAUGUAAAACAAAUCUUAUUGUACAUGAGAGAAGUCACACAGGAGAAAAACCAUAUCCAUGUACAGAUUGUGGAAAAUGUUUUAAACAAAAAUCGUAUCUUGUUAAACAUGGGAGAAGUCACACAGGAGAGAAGCCGUAUUCAUGUUCAGAAUGCGGGAAAUGUUUUACAUGUAAAACAAAUCUUAUUGUACAUGAGAGAAGUCACACAGGAGAAAAACCAUAUCCAUGUACAGAUUGUGGAAAAUGUUUUGCACAAAAAUCGUAUCUUGUUAAACAUGGGAGAAGUCACACAGGAGAGAAGCCGUAUUCAUGUUCAGAAUGCGGGAAAUGUUUUACAUGUAAAACAAAUCUUAUUGCACAUGAGAGAAGUCACACAGGAGAAAAACCAUAUCCAUGUACAGAUUGUGGAAAAUGUUUUGCACAAAAAUCGUAUCUUGUUAAACAUGAGAGAAGUCACACAGGGGAAAAGCAACUUUGAUAUCUUAUAUAUGGAAAAUGUUUUGCAAGGAAAUCAACUUCUGAAACUCAUCAGGUCAGAAGAAACUAUAAUUUUUUUGGGGAAUAUGGACAAUGCUAAAAGAGCAAAAGAAUUUUAAACCUAUGUCACCAUGUAGCUCCAUCCUAACAGCCAAUAAGAACGGCUAUU